UAAGAUGGUGGGGUACAUAUUGCAUAAAUUAGCAGUGUGUUACUCUGCAAGGAGAGUUAAUAGAGAAGGAGGGUGUUACCAUUACCACUACAACUACAGUUGCAGAGUUCAGGGGUUCCUUGGAGUAGCAUUAAAGUCUAUAGGAGAGAAACAAAAUAAAAGAUAAAAAAAAAGUUUUGAGUGUUUGUAAAAUAAAUGGUUUAUUUUUGUGAUUUAUAGAAGUGAUCAUUUGAUCUGAAACAGAGCAUAAAGAUGGUUUACUUUCGUCAGAUUCUUCUCAUGAUCAUUGUACUAGUGAUAUCAUUACAAUGCUGCAACGUUUUUGCUGAUACUAAAGAGCUUGGUGAGUGGACGGCAUUAAUGGUUGCAAACGGUGAGAGAUACCGGACCCAGAUCGGAAAACUCGCCGGAGAAGACGGUGGCGAGAAGAAAAAGUUUCCUGUUUUGGAAAAGUUUCGAGCUUUACUCGAUUUGAUCAAACCCUCUACUCUCCGGCGAAGAAGCCUCGCGACGUCUGCUUCUCUAGCUCCUUGGUCGGCGCCGUCACCGUCUCCGUUCCCAAACGGUGGUCCAGCGGAGUCUCCGGCGUACUCUCCAGCUCCUCAACGACCAAUCCCUCCGCAUCUCCGUCGUCCGUUGCCUCACCGAACUCAUCAUCCAUCGAGACAACACGAGUUAACAAGACGAAAACACGAAAACAGAGGAGCGUUUAUACACGUCGUCGUUUCAGCUGCUUGUGGGAUCGGUUUCGUGGUUUGUGUCGUUGGAGCGUUCUUUCUCUACGCGAGGAGAAGAAAGAAGAACGGUAAAACGCCGCCGUUUCAGAGCUCGACGAGGAAGGUUAGUAUAAACCCUUCUCACUCACUAGGAGACGAUUUGGAGAAACAGAGCUCUGUUUCAGUUAAAGAAGUACGAGAAACAGAGAAGGAUGUGAACGAUAACAAAGGUGUAUUGCUUGUAGAAGACGUUAAGACGAGUGCAGAAACAGAGAUUUUAUCAGAUUCGGACAAUGCUAGUAGUUUUUCAACUAAAGAGAUUGUGUCGGUGCAUGAAAAUGAUGAAGAACAGCAAACAGUGGACUCUGUUUCUGGUCCUGUUGUUAGCAAUGGAUGCGACUCUUCAGACGAUAACGAGUCUUUUCACUCCGUUGGUGGUGGCUCUUCCGUUGGAUCCUCUCAACGCUUCUCAGAACGCGAAAUCCUUCCUCCACCACCGCCGCCGCCACCACCUCCACCGCUUCCGCCACUCUCAAACAGAGGACUUCACACUCUGUCUUUGCCUAAAACGACAACGCUUUCGUCGCAGUUAACUGCUAAAGUUUGUGCUUCUUCCUCAGACUCAACUCUUCCAUCCACACCGCCGCCGCUACGGCCGCCGCCACCGCCUCCGCCACCGUCACAACAGCCUCAAGCAACUAACAAAACGCCACCGCCUCCUCUGUCUCUUGAUUUUUCUCAGCGUAGACCAUUAGGUAAAAACGGAGCUCCAUUGCCUAAGCUGAAGCCACUUCAUUGGGAUAAAGUAAGGGCUACACCGAACCGGACUAUGGUCUGGGAUAGGCUCAGAGCAAGCUCUUUUGAAUUUGAUGAAGAGAUGAUUGAGUCUCUGUUUGGAUACACAAUGCAAAGCUCCACAAAGAAUGAAGAAGGGAAGUGCAAAACUCCAUCACCAGGGAAACAUCUUCUUGAACCUAAAAGACUUCAGAACUUUACCAUUCUUUUGAAAGCACUCAACGCAAAUGCUGAUCAAAUCUGCUCUGCCUUGGGGAAAGGGGAAGGAUUGCGUUUACAGCAGCUAGAAGCGUUGGUGAAGAUGGUACCUUCUAAAGAAGAAGAGUUGAAGCUGUGUAGCUACAAAGGAGAAGUAGAUGAGCUUGGUUCAGCUGAGAAAUUUCUCAGGGCUGUUGUGGGUGUUCCGUUUGCGUUUCAGAGAGCUGAAGCAAUGCUUUAUAGAGAGACGUUUGAAGACGAAGUGGUUCAUCUGAGAAAUUCCUUCUCAAUGCUUGAGGAAGCUUGCAAGGAGCUUAAGUCAAGCAGGUUAUUCUUGAAGCUUUUAGAAGCUGUGCUCAAGACUGGAAACAGGAUGAAUGUAGGAACCAUUCGCGGCGGCGCAAAGGCCUUCAAGCUUGACGCACUGCUCAAGCUAUCUGAUGUCAAAGGCACAGAUGGGAAGACAACUCUGCUUCACUUCGUCGUUCAAGAGAUAUCUAGGUCUGAAGGAAUCAGGGUUUCGGACAGCAUCAUGGGACGGAUAAUGAACCAGAGAACAAACGAAAACAGAACAGCCGAGGAGAUAGAUGAGGAUCACAGAAGAAUGGGGCUAGAUCUCGUCUCGGGCCUUAACACCGAGCUAAGAAACGUGAAGAAGACGGCAACGAUUGAUAUGGAAGGACUCGUUAGCUCGGUCUCGAAUCUGAGAGACGGGCUAGGGGGACUGAAGUGUUUGGCGAGCGAGAAGCUGAAAGGAGACGAGGAGAACAGAGCGUUUGUUAGUUCGAUGAGCUCGUUCUUGAGAUACGGAGAGAGGAGCUUGGAGGAGUUGAGGGAGGAUGAGAAGAGGGUGAUGGGGAGGGUUGGAGAGAUUGCAGAGUAUUUUCAUGGAGACGUGAGGGGAGAUGAGAAGAACCCUUUGAGGAUCUUUGUGAUCGUUAGGGAUUUUCUGGGGAUGUUGGAUCUUGUUUGUAGAGAGUUGAGGUGUGUUAGGGUUCCUAACAGCCCUAGUCCUUUGGCUCCGUUUCGAUGAGCAGCAUGUGUUGAUGUUUAUGAUAACAGAGUGGUUUUGGCAUUUACUGUUGUGAUGGACUGAUAUGCAUGGAUUUGUAUAUGUAUAAUUUCAAUGAAAGAUUUAAAAAAUGUUAAACAAAUGUUCUGGGUGAUAUAUAACUCGAGCAAUAUAGAAAGAAAAAAAAAGGCUAAACAUUGAUAGUAAUUAAAAGCUCAAAAAGGAAGGGUAAACAAAGAUCUUACUAGAAGAAAGA